AUGGCGCCGCAUCGAGAUAUUGAGCUCAACGCCUUCAACAAUCUCGAAAUCAAAGAGGAGUCCCUCACACACGGUAGUUCGUACAGCAUGCGCGAGCCAGACUACCAAGACCGGCCGACUCCACGAUUCCACCGCUUCAUCGACAGCUUCAAGCCCGACACCGACACCACCUUCUUCCCCAGCGACCACCUCAGCCAGGUCAACAGCUCCAGUGCCACAGCCCGCAGCCAUGGGACCUACUAUUACGACCUCCAUCUGGCCGCGGUUGAGUCCGCCAACACGGGCCUUGCGCGCAAGCUCAAGGGAAGGCACCUGCAGAUGAUUGCCAUCGGAGGCUCAAUAGGUACCGGCUUAUUUGUUGCCUCGGGCAAGGCUCUGCACGACGGAGGACCCGCCUCGUUGCUCAUUGCCUUCAUCAUUGUCGGCUCCAUGCUGUACUGCACAUGCCAGGCCCUAGGAGAGCUGGCUGUCAUCUUCCCAAUCGCCGGAUCCUUCUCCUCAUGGGCCACGCGAUUCCUCGACCCCUCCUGGGGAUUUGCCAUGGGUUGGAAUUAUGCGUUACAGUGGCUAGUCGUUUUGCCGCUGGAAAUCAUUGCGGCAUCCCUGACUAUUCGUUAUUGGACAGACAAGCUGCCCAGUGCCAUCUUCGUCACCUUGUUCCUCAUCGCCAUCAUGCUCAUCAAUCUCUUUGGCGUCAAGGGAUACGGCGAAGCCGAGUUCACAUUUUCCAUCAUUAAGGUCGUGGCCGUCAUUGGCUUCAUCCUCCUCGGCAUCGUCCUCAAUUGUGGAGGGACACCGGACCGAGGCUACAUCGGCGGCGAAUACUGGCGUAACCCGGGCGCCUUCCACAACGGCUUCGAGGGACUAUGCAGCGUCUUCGUCACCGCGGCCUUCGCUUUUACUGGUACAGAGCUUGUUGGACUUGCAGCUGCCGAGACUGCCAACCCGAGAAAGUCGCUGCCGACGGCCAUUAAGCAGGUGUUUUGGAGGAUCGCGCUCUUCUACGUUGUCGCGCUGACGCUUGUGGGCUUGCUGGUUCCUUACGACAAUCCUCGACUUCUCGACGCCACAAACAGUGCCGACGCCAAGGCAUCGCCUUUUGUUAUUGCCAUCGAGGAGGCGGGCAUUCAGGUGCUUCCAUCUGUAAUGAACUCGGUGAUCCUCAUCGCGGUCUUGUCGGUAGGCAACUCGGCCGUGUUUGGAUCCUCGCGGACGCUCGUCGCUCUCGCCAAGAUGAGGCAAGCGCCUAAAAUUCUGGGCUAUGUGGACAAGCGUGGAAGACCGCUCGUUGCCAUCGUCGUGGCUGCCGCGCUGGGUCUGCUUGCGUAUCUCGCCGACCUCAGACAGCAAAACCACGUGCUCGACUGGCUCCUUGCCAUAUCGGGCCUCUCCACGGUCUUCACCUGGGGUUCCAUCUGCCUGUGCCACAUUCGCUUCCGCCGCGCGUGGGCCUACCAUGGACGCAGCAUCGGAUCAAUACCGUUCAACUCGCAAGUCGGCGUUUUGGGCUCGUAUGUCGGUCUGACGCUCAACAUCUUGGUCCUGAUAGCGCAGUUCUGGGUGGGCGCGUUCCCUAUCGGAUGGCGCGACAUGGCGACGGCGGAUGUGGCCCGGAACUUCUUCCUCAAGUACAUGGGCGUGCCCAUCAUCUUUCUUUUCUACAUUUGUCACAAGCUUCUGUUCCAUACCCGUUACGUCAAGGUGCGGGAGAUGGACGUCGAUACCGGCCGUCGUGACUUCAACCUGCCUAUCCUGGUGGCGCAAGAGCAGGAGGAGAAGGCGUCGUGGCCUAAGUGGAAGAGGUUUUACAAGUUUAUCUGCUGA